GUAAUCUAGAUAAAGAGCGUACUAAGAAGGAUUAACUAAUCACCAAAAUUUGAUUAAGCAAUAAUGCCAAUGUCGAAGUCACCUUCAAGUUCUAAACCUACUCGCUGGACAAAGCUUCGUAACAAGCUUCGUAGUAUAUUCUCGAUGCGCCACCGUCCCGUACCCCAACCUGCUCCUCCGUUGGGUCCUUUGUCGGCUACGCCGGAGGAACAUCUGAUCAACGUCUUGGAGCCGGAGCGGGCGAUCAAUUGCAUCAGAAGCCGUUCGGCUCGGAUCCGUGAAAAUAGGUUGACGAUGUCUUGCCGGUCAUCUUCAGCCGCCUGUAAUAGUAUACACCCAGUGAAACAUGGUAAAAGUUUCUCUAUGGAUCAAAUUUCCAUAUUCAAACCUCCUCCUCCGGUUCCCAGCUUGGCGCUGCCGGUACCGGAGUCACUUCUGAUCAACUUCUCUGAUUUAGAGCGGGAGCAAAAACCGAUUAAAAGGGGAGCCGGCGGCACCGUCUACAAAGCCAUUCACAAGCCGAGCAGCCGGCUUUACGCCGUGAAAGUGAUCUGCUUCGACCACGAGGACUCUUUCCUGUGUCAUAUCUUCGAAGAGUUCCAAGUUCUCCGCGAAGUUGCUAACCCUAACGUCGUCAAGUGCUACGACAUGUUCAACCACAACGGCGAGAUACAUGUGCUGCUAGAAUUCAUGAGCGGAGGUUCGUUACAGCGCAAGCACAUCCACAACGAGAAAGCUCUUUCCGAUUUGGCUAGGCAGAUCCUCACCGGCUUGGCCUAUCUCCAUCGACGGCGCGUUGCGCACCGCGAUAUCAAGCCCGCUAAUUUCUUGGUCAACAACCGAAAUGAAGUUAAAAUUGCUGAUUUCGUUGGAAGAAGCUUCGCCAAGACUAUGGACCCAUGGAACUCAUGUGUUGGAAACGUAGCAUACAUGUGCCCGGAGAGGAUCAACACAGAUCUCAAUCAGGGCAAGCUGUACAACGCUUACGCCGGCGAUAUUUGGAGCUUUGGGGUCAGCAUCUUGGAACUUUACGCAGGUCGGUACCCCUUUCCUGUGGAUCGCUACAAAGAAGGAUCCUGGUCGAGCUUAGUUUGGGCAAUAUGCAUGUGUCAGCCUCCAGAAGCUCCUCCGACUGCCUCCGCAGAGUUGAAGCAUUUUAUUGCCUGCUGUUUGCAAAGAGACCCCCAGAAGAGAAUGUCAGCGGCACAGUUGUUGCAGCACCCAUUUAUCUCCGGCAAAGGAGGUGGAUAGACACAGGUUCAUCAGUAUUACAUAAUUCGUUUAUUUUUUAUUUUUUUUGUUCUUGGAUAAAGAUGAUCAUGGAAGAACUUGCCAUAUGGCCCUUUUAUUUUUA